UUUAUGUACCCUGCGUGGUGCCUGCGGAGCCUAGCGCUCGCGCAAACACGCGUCAUAUGCUAUGGGUAUGCGGAGUACUAUGAUAUGCAAGCAUCUAUCUAACCAAACCUCGAAUCCGUGAAUCCUUGAUGUGAUAUCUAGUUGCGAACUUGCGAGUCCGUCGUCGACGAUCAACAGGCUUAAAUUUGAAGGAGGAAUGGGAAUUUUGGAAUCGGAUGCAUGGAAGCGCUCAGCUCAUCGUCGGUAUCUACUGGAUACCGGUAGUUAUAGGCACCGGUGCUCUAUGUGCUCUAUGUGCUCUAUGUAUGUCUCUCGAUAGAUAUGAACUCUCGAUAUGUGAUAUGAUAUGCUAUGUGCGAACUCUCCAAGCACAGCACAGCACAGAACAGCGCAACAAGUUAUCUAUGAUACCGGUACAAGUUGCAACAAAUUCACUUUCACCUUCACUUUCUCUUCACUUUCACCGCACCGCUCGCCCCACAAAUAGUUGGGCGAGGCGAGGCCGCGAGGCGCUCGGGCGCGUUUGGUUUGCUGACACCGUCUGUGUCUGUGUCUGUGUCUGGGCUUCUUCGCUGCUUUGCGCAGCGGACUGCUGCUCUGCUCUAGCGAGCCCUAACCAACCAGACUCCUCCAGAGGUCGGUGGAAUGGAAUAAGCAAAAACCCGCGCUCCGAAACUGGACAUUGUUGCGCAUCAGUGUAUUAUUUAUUACUGGAUAACUGGAUAACUGGAUAUAUAGCUGGAUAGCAUGCAGUAUGUAGAUCCGUCUUGGUUGCGUUCUGUCCUGGCGGCGGCGAGAUGAGGCUGGCUGGCUGGCUGGCUGGGUCGGUUGGCGUGGUGGUGGUGGUGGUGGUUGGC